CUUGGGGAGUGGGAUGGAUGUGCAUGGGUACUAUUUCUAUAAAACUACAUCGACUCUUGGGGAGUGGGGUACUAUUUCUGUGGAAUUUAAAGCUGGCUUUAUUGAGGUUUAAAUACGAGUGCGCGAAGUGCGCGCUCCUCGGGGCGCAACGCCGGGUAAAAAAGGUUCCACCUGCUCAGCGCGUUUAGCCGAGCGCCUGCCAGCGAUGGCUAGGCACUCGGGAAGCAAAACGGAGUAGAUGCACACUUGUUGAUCCUUGUCUAUCACUCCUUCCGUCUAGUUCGACUACCUUACACGCAUUAAUAAUCGCUUGUGAUUGUGGCUUGUAAGAAGUAGUUGCAUUGACUUGACUUGAUUCUCAUCGGUGCAGCACGUCGAACAGGAGGAAAACAAAAUACUAAUAUUAGAAUACUUUAUAGCGCUAGGGGUGCCAGAUCCAUGAUGGGAUGGAUCAGACGGAACGGAUGGACUUCCCACCAUUUCAAGUAGGACCGGAAGACUUAAGGGUGUCCAUCUGAUCCAUCUAAGUCCAUCCUACACCCGCUCUAUAGAUUAUUGUUAUUCUAUUUUCCUUCUGUUCGACGUGCUCCCGCCAUAAUAUCGGUUUUCAACUUCAUUCUGAACAUCAUCCUUAUCACCUCGUGAUCUUCAAUGAACAGGUUUAAAGCAAAACCUAACUCUGCGUGUGUUGGAUUUGCAGAGUAAUCCGGUGGGCUCUAACGGAAAGCACGAACUGGAAACCUUGAUGAACGCCACUGGGCGCGAGAUUGUGGUCCAAAACUACAAUGUCCCUGCACCGACAUCGCCGACCACGGAAUGGCAUGAAUUGAGAUGAUUUGCCUAUGCUUAGUGUUAUGAAGUACGU